AUGUCUUCUGCAUCACUUUUGAACUUGCGCUCCACACGCGGAUUGUCAUCUCGCCUUCGGCUUAAGGCCUCGGUGCCAUCCAUUCAGCUCCGAACAAAGGCAACAACACCUUUCCGUCUUCCCGAUCCUCGAAAUGAACCCAACCCUCUAUACAAAAAAGGAUCGGAAGAGCGAAUCAAGCUAGAGGAAGCUCUCAUCAAGCUCCGAUCUCAACUCCCCGUCCAAAGCAACAUCUACUACAACGGCCAAGCGCAAGACAGCGCUCAAUCCUGGGACCAGCCUUUGCCAGCUGAACAUGCUAUAGUCUUCACCAACUAUCCCCUCGCGACCAAGGAACAAACACAAGCUGCCAUCGAGUCUGCAUUGAAAGCUAAGAAGGACUGGGAAGAGACACCAUUUGUGGACCGAGCCGCAAUUUUCCUUAAGGCUGCUGAGUUGGUGACUGGCAAAUACCGAUAUGAGCUCAUUGCCGCGACUAUGCUGGGUCAGGGCAAGAACAUCUGGCAGGGAGAGAUUGAUGCAGCAGCUGAGUUGGCGGAUUUCUUCCGCUUGAACUGUAACUUUGCGGCAGAGAUUCUUGAGAGACAGCCACCUCGAGGGGCUGAUGGCGUUUGGAGUCGUCUCGAAUACCGACCCCUCGAAGGUUUCGUCUACUCGAUCUCUCCGUUCAACUUCACCGCACUGGGUGGAAACUUGAUCUCCGGACCUGCCCUGAUGGGUAACGUUGUGCUCUGGAAACCAUCUCCAUCCAAUGUCUACGCAAGCGCCCUGGUCUACAAGAUUCUCCUGGAGGCUGGUCUUCCCCCGAAUGUUAUCCAGUUCGUGACGGGAGACCCCGACAGCAUUACCGACGUUGCACUCUCUCAUCGCGAAUUCGCCGGUUUGAACUUUGUUGGUUCUUCAGAUGUUUUCCGCUCCCUAUAUGGUAAAAUCGGUGAAGGUAUUGCCAAGAAGACAUACCGCGAGUUUCCUCGUGUGGUGGCAGAGACCAGUGGCAAGAACUUCCACCUGAUUCACCCGACUGCUGACAUCCAGAAUGCUGUCAACCACACUAUCCGUGGUGCCUUCGAGUACCAGGGCCAGAAAUGCUCUGCCACCUCUCGCCUGUAUCUGCCUGAGUCCCGGGCAGAGGAAUUCCUCACUGGUCUCAAGGCUGGCGUGAAGGAAAUCACCAUUGGAAACCCCGAUAAGAACCUCGAGGCUUUUAUGGGCCCUGUGAUUCACCGCCGAUCAUUCGACAAGAUUAAGUCUAUCAUUGAUGCUAGCAACAAGGACUCAACACUGAAGUUGAUCGCUGGUGGUACUUACGAUGACUCUGUGGGCUUUUACGUUCACCCAACUGUCUACCAGGUUGACCGGCCUGAUCACAAGCUCUUCAACGAAGAGAUCUUCGGACCUGUCCUGGCAGUUUACGUCUACCCUGAUGCCGAAUGGUCUUCGACUCUGAAGAAGGUCGAUGAGGCAGGUGGUGGUUUCGCUUUGACCGGUGCCGUCUUCGCUCAGGAUCGUCGUGCUAUCCGUGAAGCCGAGGAUGCUCUGCGCUACUCUGCUGGGAAUUUCUAUAUUAACUGCAAGACGACAGCUGCUGUUAUUGGCCAGCAAUCAUUUGGUGGUGCUCGCGCUAGUGGCACUAAUGAUAAGGCUGGUAGCUCGGAUGUCUUGCGCCGAUUCACUAGUCCUCGUCUUAUCAAGGAGGAGUUCUUCCCUCAGGAUGGUUUCCUGUACCCCAGCAACCAUUAG